AUGUCAAAAAAUAAAAAAUAUAUAGUACAACUUGCAAACAAAGGGCAAAUAAACUCAAAUCUCCAUUACGGACCAUAUGCUCGAGAUUGGUGGAUUCCAAAUCUAAAAAUUGCAAAUAAUAUGAGAGAAAAAUUUAGUGAUGUACAAAAUACACCUUCAAAAGCAAUUCACUUAUUAUAUCAGGAAUUGUUUGGAGGCCAAACUGAGCAUUCGGGUUUAGCAGUAUUUGGGUUUUAUAAUGAAGAGAUUAUAUCAGAAAUACUUACUGAUAUUUCGUUUUUUCCAUUAUUCAUAAAAGUUGACAAGUUUUCUAUAGUAGUUUCAAAAAUUGGAUUUUCUUCACGCAAAGAUCUUCUAUACGCUGGUCCUGGUUACAUAUCAUCUUUAUUAACACGCUGUGGUUCAGAGACUUACCUUAUUUUACAACAAGUUUUAAACAACUGUUGUAGUUUGCGGAUUGGUCAUUAUUCUAGAGAAUUUAAUCAACAAGGAACAUCUAUCGUACUUGAAACUUUUAAAGCUGCGAGUUCUCCAAAUGAAGAAAACUA